AUGUCCGAAGCGCAGCAAGUAAAUGUCGCGGAUUUGGAUCUUAACCAGCUGGGUGAUGUCCGGAAACAACUGGAAGAAGAACUCGGCCACCUUACCAGCUCAUUUGCGCAGCUGAAGCAAGCGCAAGUGAAAUUCAAGACUUGCAUUGAAAAUAUUGGCGACAUGAAGCCUCAGAAUAAAGACAAGACUAUACUGGUGCCCUUGACGAACUCUCUGUACGUUCCGGGUAAAAUCUGCGAUACUGAGAAUGUGAUCGUUGAUGUCGGGACGGGAUACUAUGUACAGAAGUCGCGGGUUCAGGCUGUGAAGCACUAUUCUGACAAGGUGGAUUUCUUGAAUACCAACCUUAUUGUCCUCGAGGAUACCAUUGGAAAAAAGCGGGAGAACAUGACCUAUCUUUUGAACGUCAUGCAGUCCAAACUGCAGGCCGAGGCUAAAAACGCUGGGAAAUCAUGA